AGUAAAAGUUCGGGUAGGGGCGAAGACUUAGCGAAAGAGGAAGAAGCCCAGGGGACCAAUAGCUAGGCAGCGGAAGUUCCCUUCACCCAAUCCGGUAGUGGCCCGACGCGCGGCCUGGCCUAUGGGCGCCGGGCUGCCCGUGAGUGUCUUUUCUGCCUGUCGCCGAAGGACGGGAGGCCGGUUCAGUCAUGGCGGCGUUUCUGAGGGUUCUGGCGCUGGCUUUCUUGGCCGUGCUGGCCGGCUCCGGCGUCGGAGGGCAGAAGAAGAAGGAGAUGGUUCUUUCAGAAAAAGUGAACCAGCUGAUGGAAUGGGCUAGCAAACGGUCGGUUAUUCGAUUGAACGGUGAUAAAUUUCGUCGUCUUAUAAAGGCACCACCAAGAAACUACUCUGUGAUUGUUAUGUUCACUGCACUUCAGCCUCACAGACAAUGUGUUGUGUGCAAGCAAGCUGAUGAAGAAUAUCAGAUUCUGGCGAACUCAUGGCGGUACUCAAGUGCAUUCACAAACAGGAUCUUUUUUGCCAUGGUUGAUUUCGAUGAAGGUUCUGAUGUAUUUCAAAUGCUCAACAUGAACUCUGCUCCAACCUUCAUUAAUUUCCCACCAAAAGGGAAACCGAAAAAAGGUGACACAUACGAACUGCAAGUACGAGGUUUUGCUGCUGAACAGAUAGCCCGUUGGGUUGCUGAUAGAACUGAUGUCAAUAUCCGUGUGAUAAGGCCUCCAAACUAUGCUGGGCCCUUGAUGUUGGGGCUGCUGCUCGCUGUUAUUGGCGGACUUGUAUACUUAAGAAGAAGCAACCUGGAUUUUCUGUAUAACAAGACAGGCUGGGCUUUUGCUGCUUUGUGUUUCGUUCUGGCAAUGACAUCAGGGCAAAUGUGGAACCACAUCAGAGGGCCACCAUAUGCUCAUAAGAAUCCCCAUUCAGGUCAAGUGAGCUAUAUCCAUGGGAGCAGUCAAGCUCAAUUUGUUGCUGAAACACACAUUGUUCUGUUGUUUAAUGCUGGUGUUACUCUUGGGAUGGUGCUCCUGCAUGAAGCUGCUACUUCUGACCUGGAGGUAAUGAAGAGAAAAAUAAUGUGUAUGGCUGGCAUCGGUUUGGUGGUCUUGUUCUUCAGUUGGCUGCUCUCAAUAUUUAGAGCUAAGUACCAUGGCUAUCCAUACAGCUUCCUAAUGAGCUAAAGAAUGUUGCAUCUCUGCUGUUUUCCUGAAGCGUGAAAUAUGUGGACCAUGCUACCUCCAUUUGAAAUGAAUGGGAAUGAGACUGUUGGACACCAAACCAAAGAUGUCAAGUGCCUUGACAAUUUGCCCUAAAAGUCAUGGGGAGUAUUAAGAUACAUGCUCUUUUCUCCAUUUACUUUAAGUAACCCGAGGUACCACUGUAUAAUUUUGCAUCUGGGUUCCUUGUUUCUGAUUAGUUUAAAAGAAAACUAAAUUUUAAUUCUCAGGCAACAGUCCAAAGGCCCUCUUUUCGGCAGAUGUUAGUGCCUCUGUGUUAUGCAUAGAGACACCCUGAUAAUCACAGUUACCACCACUUGUUGCUUCAUGAACUACUGGACCUAUUCAUAGUUCACCUGCAUUUCAGGGUGGCUUUUAGUGGGGUGGGGGGCAUAGGGAAGGCUGCUUUCACAAGGGAGGGAGGUGCCCCAAAACAGUACAGUGUGCAUGUGCAGUUCUCCAUACAGUCCUUUGGGCUGUGGCUUUAACUGUUAUAUACACUGGAUUGUAUUUCUAGCACCUACAAGGUCUGUACAUUUUGCCCAUAUUUUUCUCCCCCUAUUGCAAAGGACUCAUUGCAGACGCAUUCAGUAGGUCCCUCUUUGUAAGGCAGAUGUUCAGCUUCCAGGUGAUCUGAUUCUAUGUAGGGCAAAAGAUUCCUGCAUUGCAGGGGGUUGGACUAGAUCAGGGGUCCCCAGACUACAGCCCCCGGGCCGGAUGCGGCCCAAUUGGCCUCCCAAUCCGGCCCGCGACGACCCCCGCCGCCCGCUGCCGCCGCCCACUCUUACGGCGCGCGGCGCGGCAACGACCUUCAAAAUCAGAAAAAAAUCGCCGAAAAUCCUUUGUGCGCAUGCGUAUGAGCCUCUCCCGACCCAGAAGAGGUCAUUUCCGGUGCACUUCCGGGGCGGGGGAGGCCCAUACGCAUGCGCACAAGCGAUUUUCGGCGAUUUUCUUCCGACCGUGUGCGUGUGCGCAUGCGCACGGGCGCGCACUCCCCCGCCCUCCGGCCCGCUGCGCGCGCACUCCCCUACCCUCCGGCCCGCCGCGCGGUCGGCGCGGCAGGCACCGGCCCAAAGCCCGGUAAGUCUGGGGACCCCUGGACUAGAUGAUCAUCCAACUCUAUGAAGAAAAUUUUAACCUCGGUUUCUGUGCAACAUGUUCCAAUGCAGAGCCACCUGAGAAGAGAAGUGGCUUUAAAAAAAAGUACAUAACUUAAAAAUACAUAACUUGAAUGUGACUUCCAUAAGCCUUUCUCUCUCUCUCUCUCUCAAACCCUUGGAGUAUCUUUCAACAAUACUGCUGUCAUAAUUAUGAGGGGGACCCAGUUGCAUUCAUUCGCUUUGUAAUCUACACUAGAACUCCUUCAGUAAUGUGCAUCGUCCUCUUACUCCAUGCACAGUGCAAAUGCUCAUGACUACCAUAAAGUGUUUUCUGAUGUUGAAACUCAUUUGGGCUUGUAGCCUCAGCAGACCUUUGUUCAAUAAAGAAAAAUCCUCAACAAUUUGUGUUAAAAGGUGCACAGCCUGGAUCUGAUUCUCUGUGCAGAGCAGUCUGCUGUAUACACAUUCACCAGCCAAACAAAGUCAGUGUGGUCAGCCUUGAUAGUACUAAUUUGCUAUUGUGUUAGUCUCCCAAACAAGUGAAGCUAUUCAUAUUGCCAACUUGCUAUGGGCUGAAAAUAAGGCCCUGAUCCAGUAUGUUAAUGACAUGCCUACUGUUCUAGGUGGUGUGUGUGUGGUUUGUCGUGCACAGAACUCUUCAGUGCAUUUGAGACUUGACUCACAGAACAGUUUUCACAUGGAAACCUGUCUCUCGGAGUUGAUUUCCAUUGCCAGUUUGGGACAACAUCUCUUAAAUCUGAACAUAUUGCAUGCAGAAUGCAGGACAAAGCAUCAAACAUGUCAGUGCUUUUGCCAUUGCCUUGUAAUAAUAUUUCACUGCUUUUCUUUACCUCUGAAUGCAGUGGAAAUGUGUGGGGUGAGAGAGGGAAGAUCCCAAUAUGUAUAAUGAAUCUUAGUUGGUGAUUGUAAGCUUUAUAAGAAAGCCUCUGUUUCUUCUGCUUUGCUGCUUUCCCCAGCUCCUUCCAUGUUCAAAGAAAAUGAUCUGCUUGAUUUUCAUCCUGCAGCCCAUGCGGAUACUAGGAACUGGAUCUAGAAGGAAUCUUAAAAGGAUUCUAGGAACUGUAUUAAUUUCAAACUCCUGCUUCUUGGCUUGAUAACACUGUCUCCUUCAAGGCAGGCCUAAUACUGGGUGUAAUUGACAACAUAGAACAAGAAAAACAUAGUGCUUUUUCUCGAAGGGAGUGGGUAUGGGGAAAGUAAGGGAAAUUAUGUUUCUCAUUAAAAGAUGAAUAGAGGUAACUACUACUAUACUGAACAAAGUAGUUUUCUCUUAUGCAAAUUUGCUAUAUUUAAUUAUAUUUCAAGUGCCUUAACACCAUUAGUCUAUUUUUUGAUAUUGACUCCACAAAUAUUUUUAAAAAUGCAUUUUUAUACAGCUCACAGCAUUCAGUUGUAGCAUGGAUAUUGAAAGGACUACAAUGGAUUUUGAACAACUUUCAAUAAAUAUUUUACCUACC